ACAUGUAAUAAUCUCAAAUAUAUUUCUAUUUUUAAAUAACUAUUUAAACUAUUUUAUUUAAAUGAUUUUUCCACAACGGAAAAGUCUACAAAGUGGCCCAAACAUACACUAAGUAUAUAUUUUAAUUUUAUAUUCAAAUAUUAAAUUUACCAUUGGUACUUUAAAAUUUUGAUAACCAUCUAGACUAUUACUACUACGACUAUUGGCAGUUGGCACGUAAGAAACUAUUUUUUACAAAUAAUGAGGGUACUUCGAAAUUAGAAGCAAAAAUAUAUAUUUUACAAUUAAUUGAAACUUCUACCAAGAGGCAGAGGUUACUGCAUGAUAAAAAUAAUUUAAAUUCAAUAAUAUGGAAGGAAAUAGAGAAAAAUUAAGAAAAAGCAUUGAAAACAACAAUGAGACUGAAGUACAAAAUUUGUUAAGCCAUAGUUUAGAUCCAAAUUAUGAAGGUGGAUGGCCCAUUAGAUUAGCUGCGCGAUUAGGAUUUUAUAACAUAGUGAAAUUAUUUUUACAAUUUGGUGCUAAUCCACAUCUUCUCAGUGAGUCUGGUGCUUCAACGUUACAAUUAGCUGUGUAUUCAACCAAAAAUUGGGAUCUAGACAAUUGGAACUUUUUGUUAUCCUGCUGUGACUCCUCUCAAUUGGCUGACGGGGCUGCUGUUGCAAUUAUUUUUGGCAAUACUGACGCUUUUAAAAAGAUAAUAAGAACUGGACGUUGUAACACUAAUAUACCAACAUCAUUAACAGGAAAAACUGUAGAAGAUCUUGCUAAAGGCUAUAAAUUAAAUUAUUUAUUAAAUCCAUCUCAAAACAAUUCUCUACAAGUUACAUCUACGCUGUCAUUACCAUCGCCUAGACAUUCCAGGCAACAAAGAACGGAUGUACGCAGAUCUCCAGUGCCGCAGCAUCGAAAUCUGUCGCCAUCUGUUGCCAAUUUUUUCAACAUCGCAGCGCAACGUCUGACCCCCCCUCGAUCACCUUUAAGGCCUACGUUUUCACCAACACAUUGACGAGAAAUAUAAUUUAGAGAUUUUGUUACUUAAUCGUUUGACUAGAUACCGUAAUAGUAUGUCAGUAGGGUUAAACCGUCUCUGUAGCAGUUGUUCUCACUUGACUGGCGUUGUCUCAGUACGAGUAGCUCGAGGCUAUAAUUCGUAGAAAUUAAUUCUGUUUCUCUUAACAAAGCCUAUGCCUACGUAAUGUCCCGAUGAGCUUUUGGGAUUAAGCUAUAAAAGAUGAUUUUAAACGUAUGAUUUAUUGACAAUGACAUGAUUCUGUUAUUAUGUUAGGAAAUUAGGAUGUUUAACAAUAUUAUUGUAUUGAGAUAAGUUCAAGAUUUCGUUUUAAUUAAAAAUAACUAAAGAAAUAUUUAUAACGAAA